UUUUUUUUUUUUUUUUUUGGAGAAAGGGGAAUUUAGUCCCAAAUAAAAGGAAUGAAGUCUGGCUCCGGAGGAGGGUCCCCGACCUCGCUGUGGGGGCUCCUGUUUUUCUCCGCCGCGCUCUCGCUCUGGCCGACGAGUGGAGAAAUUUGUGGGCCGGGCAUCGACAUCCGCAACGACUAUCAGCAGCUGAAGCGCCUGGAGAACUGCACAGUGAUCGAGGGCUACCUCCACAUCCUGCUCAUCUCCAAAGCAGAGGACUACCGCAGCUACCGCUUCCCCAAGCUCACGGUCAUCACCGAAUACUUGCUGCUGUUCCGCGUGGCCGGCCUCGAGAGCCUCGGCGACCUCUUCCCGAACCUCACGGUCAUCCGCGGCUGGAAACUCUUCUACAACUACGCCCUGGUCAUCUUUGAGAUGACCAAUCUCAAAGAUAUUGGGCUUUACAACCUGAGGAACAUUACUCGGGGGGCCAUCAGGAUUGAGAAAAAUGCCGACCUCUGUUACCUCUCCACAGUGGACUGGUCCCUGAUCCUGGAUGCAGUGUCCAAUAACUACAUCGUGGGGAACAAGCCCCCGAAAGAAUGCGGGGACCUGUGUCCAGGGACAAUGGAGGAGAAGCCAUUGUGCGAGAAGACCACCAUCAACAAUGAGUACAACUAUCGCUGCUGGACUACCAAUCGCUGCCAGAAAAUGUGCCCUAGCGCGUGUGGAAAGCGGGCGUGCACUGAGAACAAUGAGUGCUGCCACCCCGAGUGCCUGGGCAGCUGCAGCGCGCCCGACAAUGACACAGCCUGCGUCGCCUGCCGCCACUACUUCUAUGCCGGCGUCUGCGUGCCCACCUGCCCACCCAACACCUACCGCUUUGAGGGCUGGCGCUGCGUGGACCGCGACUUCUGUGCCAACAUCCUCAGCGCCGAGGGCAGCGACUCCGAGGGGUUCGUGAUCCACGACGGCGAGUGCAUGCAGGAGUGCCCCUCGGGGUUCAUCCGCAAUGGCAGUCAGAGCAUGUAUUGCAUCCCUUGUGAAGGUCCUUGCCCCAAAGUCUGUGAGGAAGAAAAGAAAACAAAGACCAUUGAUUCUGUUACUUCCGCUCAAAUGCUCCAAGGAUGCACCAUCUUCAAGGGCAAUUUGCUCAUUAAUAUCCGACGAGGCAAUAACAUUGCCUCGGAACUGGAGAACUUCAUGGGGCUCAUCGAGGUGGUGACAGGCUAUGUGAAGAUCCGCCAUUCCCACGCCUUGGUCUCCUUGUCCUUUCUGAAAAACCUUCGCCAGAUCUUAGGAGAGGAGCAGCUAGAGGGGAAUUACUCCUUCUACGUCCUCGACAACCAGAACUUGCAGCAGCUGUGGGACUGGGACCACCGCAACCUGACCAUCAAAGCUGGGAAAAUGUACUUUGCUUUCAAUCCAAAAUUGUGUGUCUCUGAAAUUUACCGCAUGGAGGAAGUGACAGGGACUAAAGGGCGCCAGAGCAAAGGGGACAUCAACACCAGGAACAACGGAGAGAGAGCCUCCUGUGAGAGUGACGUCCUGCACUUCACCUCCACCACCACGUGGAAGAAUCGCAUCAUCAUCACCUGGCACCGGUACCGGCCCCCUGACUACAGGGACCUCAUCAGCUUCACCGUCUACUACAAGGAGGCACCCUUUAAAAACGUCACGGAGUACGAUGGGCAGGAUGCCUGUGGCUCCAACAGCUGGAACAUGGUGGAUGUGGACCUCCCUCCCAACAAGGACGUCGAGCCUGGCAUUUUGCUGCACGGGCUGAAGCCCUGGACGCAGUACGCUGUUUACGUCAAGGCCGUGACCCUCACCAUGGUGGAGAACGACCACAUUCGUGGGGCCAAGAGUGAAAUCUUGUAUAUUCGCACCAAUGCUUCAGUUCCUUCCAUCCCGCUGGAUGUUCUUUCAGCAUCCAACUCUUCUUCUCAGCUCAUCGUGAAGUGGAACCCGCCCUCUCUGCCCAACGGCAACCUGAGUUACUACAUUGUGAGAUGGCAGCGACAGCCUCAGGACAGCUACCUUUACCGGCACAAUUACUGCUCCAAAGACAAAAUCCCCAUCAGGAAGUAUGCCGAUGGCACCAUUGACGUUGAAGAGGUGACAGAGAAUCCCAAGACCGAAGUGUGUGGUGGAGAGAAAGGACCUUGCUGCGCUUGCCCCAAAACUGAAGCUGAGAAGCAGGCAGAGAAGGAGGAGGCCGAGUACCGCAAAGUCUUCGAGAAUUUCCUGCACAACUCCAUCUUUGUGCCCAGACCUGAAAGGAAGCGGAGAGAUGUCAUGCAAGUUGCCAAUACCACCAUGUCCAGCCGAAGCAGGAACACCACUGUGGCAGACACCUACAAUGUCACAGACCCAGAAGAGCUGGAGACAGAAUACCCUUUCUUUGAGAGCAGAGUGGACAACAAGGAGAGGACUGUCAUUUCUAACCUCCGGCCUUUCACUUUGUAUCGCAUUGACAUCCAUAGCUGUAACCAUGAGGCUGAGAAGCUGGGCUGCAGUGCCUCCAACUUCGUUUUUGCAAGAACCAUGCCUGCAGAAGGAGCAGAUGACAUUCCUGGGCCAGUGACCUGGGAGCCGAGGCCUGAAAACUCCAUCUUUUUAAAGUGGCCAGAACCUGAGAAUCCCAAUGGAUUGAUUCUAAUGUAUGAAAUAAAAUAUGGAUCACAAAUUGAGGACCAGCGGGAAUGUGUGUCCAGACAGGAGUACAGGAAGUAUGGAGGGGCCAAGCUUAACCGGCUCAACCCCGGGAACUAUACAGCCCGGAUCCAGGCCACCUCUCUCUCUGGAAAUGGGUCGUGGACUGAUCCUGUGUUCUUCUACGUCCCAGCCAAAACGACGUAUGAAAAUUUCAUCCAUCUGAUCAUUGCUCUGCCCGUUGCCGUCCUGUUAAUAGUAGGAGGGUUGGUUAUAAUGUUGUACGUCUUCCAUAGAAAAAGAAAUAACAGCAGGCUGGGGAAUGGAGUGCUGUAUGCGUCUGUGAACCCAGAAUACUUCAGCGCGGCCGAUGUAUACGUCCCUGAUGAGUGGGAGGUCGCUCGGGAGAAGAUCACCAUGAGCCGAGAGCUGGGGCAGGGCUCAUUUGGGAUGGUAUAUGAAGGAGUCGCCAAAGGUGUGGUCAAAGAUGAGCCUGAAACCAGGGUGGCCAUUAAAACAGUGAACGAGGCUGCAAGCAUGCGCGAAAGGAUUGAAUUUCUCAACGAGGCUUCAGUGAUGAAGGAGUUCAAUUGUCACCAUGUGGUGCGGUUGCUGGGUGUGGUGUCCCAGGGCCAGCCGACGCUUGUCAUCAUGGAGUUGAUGACACGUGGGGAUCUCAAAAGUUACCUCAGGUCUCUGAGGCCAGAAAUGGAGAAUAAUCCAGUCCUAGCACCUCCAAGCCUAAGCAAGAUGAUCCAGAUGGCUGGAGAGAUUGCAGAUGGCAUGGCAUACCUCAACGCCAACAAGUUCGUCCACAGAGACCUUGCCGCCCGGAACUGCAUGGUGGCCGAAGAUUUCACGGUCAAAAUUGGAGAUUUUGGCAUGACGAGAGAUAUCUACGAGACAGACUAUUACCGGAAAGGAGGGAAGGGGCUGCUGCCUGUGCGCUGGAUGUCUCCCGAGUCCCUCAAGGAUGGAGUCUUCACCACUCACUCUGACGUCUGGUCCUUUGGGGUCGUCCUCUGGGAGAUUGCCACGCUGGCCGAGCAGCCGUACCAGGGCUUGUCCAACGAGCAAGUCCUUCGCUUCGUCAUGGAGGGUGGCCUUCUAGACAAGCCGGACAACUGCCCUGACAUGUUGUUUGAGCUGAUGCGCAUGUGCUGGCAGUACAACCCCAAGAUGAGGCCUUCCUUCCUGGAGAUCAUCAGCAGCAUCAAGGAUGAGAUGGAGUCUGGCUUUCGGGAGGUCUCCUUCUACUACAGUGAGGAGAACAAGCCGCCAGAGCCAGAGGAGCUGGACCUGGAGCCGGAGAACAUGGAGAGUGUCCCCCUGGACCCCUCCGCCUCCUCAUCCUCCCUGCCGCUGCCAGACAGACACUCAGGACACAAGGCUGAGAAUGGCCCAGGCCCUGGCGUGCUGGUUCUCCGAGCCAGCUUCGAUGAAAGACAGCCUUACGCGCACAUGAACGGGGGACGCAAGAACGAGAGAGCCUUGCCUCUGCCCCAGUCUUCGACCUGCUGAUCCUUGGAUCCCGAAUCCCGUGCAGACAGUAACGUGUGCACGCUCGGCAGCGGGUGGGGGGAGAGAGUUUUAACAAUCUAUUCACAGCCUCCUGUACCUCAGUGGAUCUUCAGAACUGCCAUUGCUGCCCACGGGAGACGGCUUCUCUGCAGUAAACACAUUUGGGAUGUUCCUUUUUUCAAUAUGCAAGCAGCUUUUUAUUUCCCAACCCAAACCCUUAACUGACAUGGGCCUUUAAGAACCUUAAUGACAACACUUAAUAGCAACAGAACACUUGAGAAUUGAGUCUCCUCACUCUCUUUCCUUGUCUCUUCUCUCAUCUCGCUCUCACCCUUGUCUCUCUCUCUCAUGUCUCUUUCUCAUUGUCACUCUCUCGCUCUCAUACCUUUCUCUUUCCUUCUGCUUCAUAAUGGAAAAACAUCUGCCACCAGCCCAGCCAGGACACCCUUUUUAUCACAUUGAGGAAAUGGUGUCCCUCCCUGUGGCCCCACAUUGCCCCUGUAUACACCUGCCUGUCACCGUAGGUCUUUAUAAAAAACACAUUGAGAUGGAAUUUUUUAACUAUAUCUUUAACCUUAGGGACGUAUGAAAUUUAAAAAAGGCCAUCAUUCAUCCAAGGUUGUUACCAUUUUAAUGCUGCCAAAUUCUGCCAAAACCCUGAACUUUCUCCCUCACAACCCCUGCACUUGUUUUCUUGUUUCCAGAGGCAUGGGGCGAGCAUGGUAUCUGGGCCCUCCGUUUAAGAGCCACGCUGGUGAUGCACUCCAUCUGAUCAUCCCCUGGUGUUCUUUUCAAGUCUUACAUUCACACAGGUCUGAUUGCUUCUGACUAGGUUAUGGUUUGGGGGAACUGGACAGAAUGGGACUUUCUCUCAGUGAAGAUGGGGAGAAGCCGAACUGGCUUCCCUGCGCCACCUCCCCACCCCCACCUUCUAGCCCCCAGGAAUUUUGGAGAAAAUAGGCCCUGUCGAGAGCCUGGAAGACAGGCUCUGAGUAAAGGUCGUCCACGUGCCAGUCUCCUGUCCCUGCCCCAGCUUCCCUCCCGGCCCCCAAGGACACAGAUGGGAAGGGGUUUCCAGGGACUCAGCCCAACUGUUUAUGCAGGUUUGCAAGGAAAGAAAUUCAAACACCACAACAACAGUAAGAAGAAAAGCAGUAAAUGGAUUCAAGCAUUCUAAGCUUUGUUGACAUUUUCUCUGUUACUAGGACUUCUUCAUGGGUCUUACAGUUCUAUGUUAGACCAUGAAACAUUUGCAUACACAUCGUCUUUAAUGUCACUUUUAUAACUUUUUUACGGUUCAGAUAUUCAUCUAUACGUCUGUACAGAAAAAAAAAGCUGCUAUUUUUUUUGUUCUUUAUCUUUGUGGAUUUAAUCUAUGAAAAUCUUCAGGUCUACCCUUCUUCCCUCUCUGCUCACUCCAAGAAACUUCUUAUGCUUUGUACUAGAGUGCGUGACUUUCUUCCUCUUUUCCCAGUAACUGAUACUUAUAUAACAUAAUUUGCCAUGAACUGUUUGAUGCCUUUUUAUAAAUACAUCCUCCCCUCCCCGCUGCCCCACCCCAUCAGUUCUGUUCUAACCCAUAGGCUCUGUGGGCACGAGGCUGGUAAAGGAAGGAGGCAGAAAGAAGGCCCGGUGCCGCCCCCGGGGCCACAGUCCUGGGGUGCCGCGCACCCCUCUUUUCUCAGCCUGCUCUCACACAGCAUUUGAGUCUGUUACAGUGCAAGACAUGAUACAAACUCAGGUCAGAAAACAAAGGUUAAAUAUUUCGCACAUCCUUGUUCAGUGUUGAUAGUCACCAUUGUUGAAAAGUCUCACCUUCUCUUUCCCUUGCCUUUGUUUUGGUUGUGACACACAUCUAUUUUUUUAAUUCUUGGGUACAACAGCAGUUUUAACUGCAGACACUAGGCAUUUGGAUUACUUUUUUUUUUUUAUGGAUAUUUAAUCCUUCCAUCCCAUGAAAAACAGCUGCUGAGUCCAAGGGUGCAGCAGAGUGUGGUCCAGCAGACCCCUCUGUGGCCUUCCGCCACCACCCUCCAGACCGACCUACCUGUCUUUAGAACCUGAAAAUCCCCAGGGUCCUCCUUGGCACUGGCAGGGAUGGGGCACAGGGGCAGCAUCCUCGUGGUGGUGGCAAGCCCACCACCAGGUCUACUGGCCCCAGGACCAGGUCGGGGCAGUAUGGGCACCCAAGUGGCCGAGGAGCCCCAUGCUCACUCCCAGAGGACCAGAGCCCUGGCGCUGCCGCGCUUUUCCUUGGCCAGGCGUCCAAGCCCUUGGGCCCAGGGGUCUUGUUUUGUUUAGUUUUUAGCACUUCUCACCAGAGUGAUGACAGCACAAGAGUUGCUUCUGGGAUGGAAAUGUUUAAAUUCUGAGUAAGAACAAAGCUAAAAUAUGAGGCUUGCUAGUUGUGACUGGAGAUUAAACACAAGAAAGGAAGUUUGUAGUGCUUUUUUGCUUGUCAGUAGUUGGAGUCCCAUGAAUUUCUCUAGCCUCUGUCCCAUAGUUUUUCCCUUUAAAAAAAAAUGAAAAAAGAAAAAAGUUAAUUAAGAAGGUAUUAUACGUAGGAGUUUUAAUUUAUUUUGUGAUACCAGUUUCAAUCACUGUAGAGAAGCCCCAUUAU